AUGUCGAGUUCACCUUCCCUAGGGUCACAACAAAUUGGCUCCGAUACCGGGACCUCAUGGGCAAAGGUGAUCUCUAGUUGGUUCACUUCUGAAGGUUUGGAUCUGGACGCGGAGUUGAAGCGGUUGUUUGAAUCCAUAUGUCCUGUCACUGAUGGUAGUGAAGGUAUCUCGGCCGAUCAAGCUUUUAAUGAUGCUUUGGAUUUGGUUCUGGGUCCCGAAGAAGUCCGGCUUCGGGCGGUGCUGCAGGAGAUUACGGCAUUCCGUAUUACUGCUACAAGGAAGGAUACGAGUCCAGCCCGUAAGGCUCUUCUCUCUGAUUGGUAUUCUCCUUUCUUUCGCGGUCAUGGUUCUCUUCAACAGCGACUUGAUACUGAUUUCUCUGCAUCUCUUAAGGUGGACGAUAUAAGAAAUCGUCCUGUGUAUAAUUCUGUGAAGGCUGAGUAUCCAGUUCUUGAUGACUUCAGUGUCCGCCUGGCAGGUGUUAAAUCUGAAGGUGAUCAGCAUGUUG